UUUUUUACCUCAGGACUUAAAUUAAUUCCAUCUCUUAAGCCAACAAACACUUUUUUUCGCUAAGUAUCCCUGGCAGUAAAUAUGAUGGCCCAUUUAAAAACCAUUAGAAUAACGAAGUUUCGUUUCACAAGUUCGGGCAGUAAAACUGAUGGCUCAUUUAACCGUCAACGAUCUCAUGAUGGCUCAUUAUCAGGUCUGCUCAGAGGCCUGUAUUGGGGCAGAAGCCAUUGAAUGCAGACAAUAAUGCAGGCCUGGCCCGUGAUUGCUCAAUGAGAUCUUCCUCUUCUGGGAUGCUGCUCUUUUUCUUUUCAAAUCUCAAGGUUUUUUUAAUGUGUUUCCUAUCAAAAUGAAGCUCUUUAUGUUCAGUUUACAAAUAUUUGGUCACAUUUUCUCAGUUCUAAGUAUUUUAAACCUAUGAGAUUUUUUGAGAAAUAAGCAGAAAAAGUUUCAGCUGCCAUGUUGUAAUGGCCCAUUGACACCCAUUGUAUAAUACUGCGAUCUGAUUGGCUGGUUUGAGACACUCAGGAGGUUUAUCUGGGACCCAUUCUGCAAGAGAAACCACUAUUCUUCAAAUGCUUCUACUGUGCUGAUCUGCUGAGAAGAUCUGAAUUGGAAUUUGCUGAAAUGGAAGGACAAGCUGAGAAGAGGUCCGCUGGUCGCACCGUUGUCCACUGCUUGCAGUGCCACAAACCCCAGGAAAACCUUGCUGUUCACCUGGCCAGAGUCUGCAUGAAGAAACGCACGCCCGAGGAGAGAGCUGCCGAGGUUCAGAAAGCCAAGGCUUCGAGCAGAGAGUGGGUUUGGAUGAACAGGACCUGGGACUACAACCAGAUCUGUGCGCUCCUGCCUCAUCACCGCUCUCGCGUCAUCAUGGUCAAGGAGUUUCUUCAGCGUGGUUUUUUUAUCACAAACCAGCCCCGCGAGUCUGACUGUGAUGAAGAUGAUGCUUCUGCUCCUUCAUCAGAUCUUCCUCAAACCCGGUUGGUUCAGAGGGCUCCUGGCAUUAAACACUGCCAGAAGAUCGUGAGAGUGGCGAAGCCGGACGUGCUCAGGAUCCAGAGGGACCUGCAGGCGGGCAGAGAGCUCUCCAACACGGACCAGACGCUCUACCGCUACUACUGCGAGGCGCUCUUGGUGUUUGUCCACAUGCAGCGUCCCAGAGCUGUGGAAGCCUUGACGGAUGCUGAGUGGGUGAACAAGACUAAGCUGGGUGACAGAUUUGUGAUCGGCGUACAGAGGGAGAAAACCUCGAGUAUGCAGAUUGCUCUGGCACAAGAGGAGGAAGCUUGCUUGGAGCUGUACUUCAGACGAAUCAGGCCUGAGAACAUUCAGCCGGAGAAACUCUGCAAUAGAUUCUUUGUUUCGUCAUCCGGCAUGGAAGUUCAAAGUGUCUCUCGGGACAUGAAUCGGCUCCAUAAAUUGUACAAGCUGGCUCCUUUCUCUGCCCAGUGUGUGCGGAGGGCUGUUGAGGAGGCUGCAGAAAAGCUCCCGGCGCAGCAACAGGAGGCGCUGCACCAUUACCUGUCCAUCAGCACUGGUGCGGUCCGGCCGCAGGAUGUCGUCGACGCAGCUCUGCUGCUGGAAUCAUUAGUCAGCACUUCUGCAGACGAGACUUCCUCGGCCACAAGCUGUGCCGCUGGACCAUCUGGGAAGAGCUUCGCUGAGUUCGUGGAGAGAUUUCCUGUUUCGCCGGAGGGUCAGCCGCCAUCCAAGAAGCAGCGCGUCGAAUCAGGCUUUCCAGAUGACCGCGUUUUUUACGAUAAGUGGCGGAUUACCCAGUAUGCCCAGAGAGAGCGAUAUCUGCUGUCACAUUUCACAGUCCGCAAGCCUUCGGCCGCAAAGGUGGCACGGCUUAUCGCACAGGAGGGAUGGAAGGUCAACUGUCCCAAGCCGGAGGACAUCGAACGGCUGUGGACACCACCUUCGAAGGCAGCAGUUGAAGAUGACAAGUUCAUCAUUCGCUGUGUGUCUGAGCAGAACUGGUCGGGCAUGGCCAUAAAAGACUUUGGUGACGAGCGUGGUUUUGGAGUCGUGGCAACUCAGACUUUUUCAAAGAACGACAUUGUUUGCGACUGCCACGGCAAGGUCAUCCCAGCUGCACAAGGGAGGGCGAUGGUGCAGGCCCAGCAUGACGAGGCCGGGUACAUGUUCUUCUUUAAAGCCGGAAAGAGAGAUCUCUGCGUCGACGCCCAGACCUUUCCGUGCGAGUGCCACCCUGGCAAAGACACCGUUGGGAGGAGGAUAAACCACUCCACAAAAGCGCCCAACCUGAAGCCCUUUCACUGCAGGUUACGUGUGAAUGGGGAGGACAAGGAUGUCAUCCUCUUCAGGGCACUGAAGGACAUCAGUGUGGGCGUUGAACUACGGUUCGACUACGGGGUCAAAAGGAAGUCCUUCCGUGGAGAGGGCCUACACCUGGACUGGCUGGAUGGUUGAGAAGGCCUUCAUCAGGCUGGAGUGGCUGGACUUUUGAUUCCUGUUUUAAGGACUAGAUUUUGCUGGACUCUCACAGACCAUUUGUGUCACAUUUUAUGACACUGGGAACUGUGUAUGAACUAUCAAUGUUUUAUUUGUCAACUGUGA